AUGCCGACUACAACAAAUAGUCACCCCCUUGACUGGAAAUUUCUAAACCCUUCCAAAGGUUUAAAAUAUCUCUACUACCAAUUUACAAUUUCCUUUAUCACAAGUAUCUGUAUUUCCACUAUAUCUUUCAAAUAUCUUUACAGCAAUUUUGGAAAUAGCUUUCUAUGUGACAAAUAUUUAACUUAUUGGCUGGUUUUGUUUUCCCUGGUGAAAUUCUGUGACAUCCCCCUAAAAGUUAAGCUUUUAUUAAAGCUGGUCUAUUUGUCGUCACGCAUCAAAGUUGAUGAUACAAGAUUUACAAUAAAAAGGCUGAUGAAUCUAGUCAGAUCUUCGAUUUUUAAAACUUUUGAGCUUUUAAAUAUAUCGUCAUAUCUGUUACUAUGGUAUUUUAUAAUGAAUUUUUUAAAAAAAAGUUAAGAAAAAUAGGCUUAUUUAGAGGAAAUAGGAUGGGAUAAUAUAUGGAUUAGUAAGGAUCGUGAGUGGAAACACAUGUGACGAAAACUUAGCAAACCCUUAUUCUACGAGCGUAAAAGUUAUGAUGAUUUUCAUAAUAAGGCUUAUUAUUGGAAUCAUUGUUCUGAAAUUUGAUGACAAUGAGCCAGUUAUCAGAGGAUUUCCUGAGUUUUUGUACUUCUUGCAGGAUGGCGCUGAAAUAGAAGAUAUUGAAAAUUUAUGCUUUUUUAUAUAAAUGUCAGUUAUUGUAUAUUACAUUAAUUUAGAUAUGGUAUUUAAGGUCCCCGGUGCCCACUCCUUUUGACCUCACGGGCCAUCCUACCACUUAAAAUGGUACACCAUAUGGGCAGGUAUUCCUUGGUAUGUCCGCCUCCAGUCCAAGCCAGUCUUCUCACCCGAAGCGUAACAGUUACCGUUGUCAACUCAGUUCCUGCGCGUGUUCCGCUUCAGAUUCAGCUCUCAGGUGUGUGCUGAGUGAUAAAACCUAAGUCUCUCAUGAAUGUAAUGAGAAGCAGCUCCUCUAACCUUAUGCGACAAAAGUUAAACCACUGUUGCUGUUCAGAAAUUCUCCAGGUAAAACCAAACCCUAUAAGUAAAAUUUCAUAAGGGAGAGGAAAUUAGCAAAGCUAAUUUCUCUCAAACCUAAUGCCAUUAUUUAUAGCAGUUAUUGUAUCAAAACUUAUUAGGAUUUUAAUUAUUUUAAUAUAGCAUAAAUUACUUGCAUAUGGUUUACAAGAAAUUUCUAUGAACGAUGAUUUUAAAAAUCAAUAUAAAAAUGAUGUUUGUUCAGUAUGCACAUUUGAGUUUCAAGAAGGAGAUGUAAUUAAGGUACUUCCUUGCUAUGAAUCACAUACUUUUCAUAAAGACUGCAUUGAUAGAUGGCUGAUUCAAAAAGAUUCGUGCCCAUUAUGUGGGUCAUCAAUAGCAAAGAAGAAUAAAUAA